AUGUUCGCUCGUUUCUUCGCUGUUGCUUUCCUUGUGGUCCUCGCUGUCGCUACUCCCCUCACUAGCCACUAUCCGUGGUGCCGGCCAUGCUGUGAGAGUUCUGCCAGUACUUCCGAGUACAACAAGGUGGCAAGGUCUCUUGGCCUUGAAGAAAUACCGGCCAGUGUCGCCGGCCAUGUUGCCUGUAGCUGCAACCCUAUUAGCGCUGUUGGCAUUGGCAGUGGCGCCACUUGCAACCGACAGCCUAUGUGUUGCAGCAAUAACCAGAUGUGGGAUCUGACGGCAACCAUUAAUACUUCGACAUUGGUGGAUGGUACUGCGGUCUCGCGGCGCCCACGAAGAGUGGGCGCUGGGCCAAUGGGUCUGGUAGUAGCAUUGACACUCCUCCAAAAGAUUUGCAAGUGGAUGGUCGGCUUUGAUGGUGCAAAAGAUAUUGUGCUUGGGCUUAUGUUUUCAGUGAUAUUCGUUCAAAAGGCGUUGGUCUUCACAGAGUGGGCCAAUAUCUGCAUGGUGAAUAAGUUGAGCCAGGGUCCAGUGUCCGUUGUAGGCGGUUUACAAGAUGCUCGUCUACCUGUCAUCUCCGAGAUUCUGGAGAUAGCCAUCUCGAUUCUUAACCAGACAAUAACGACAGGAGACAUACCGAUCCAACAAAACUCCAUCCUUUCCAUGUCUGGUGUCAGAUGCCGAUUCAACAAUAUCGUUCUCGACAAGUUUGCAAUUCCAGGAAAGCCAGUAAUGCAUAUGGGGGUGCUUGGCGAGGGUCAUCUGGAGGCUGGGGACAAAGAGCCCCAUGCGCCAAAUAUGCUCCAGGUGGAAGAUGGAAAGUCUGAUGUGAAGACGCCCCUUUGAUCUGCACCGACUAUCAUGAUGGUAUCACACAGUGCCUGUGUUCUUGCCGAGCCUCGCAAACACAACUCUGAUCUCAGGUUUUACUUGAGACGCGAGACAAGAUGCAAUUGUCGUUCUGCCGUCAUCGGCAUCGGUGAUGGGCUCGUUGCAUCUUCUGCUGACCUUCAAGUUUUUGUUGAUCAGAAGAGCUAUGCUUAUUCGGCUUACGUCAUGGAAGCGAAUCAGAUGAAAGUCGGAGUGAUUGAUUGUUGUGACCGUUGGUGAAGGCAUGAAGAAAGAUCUCAAAAAUAUUUUUGAAGGUACAGAGACUGUCAUGAUAGCUU